GUGCGCCCUUUCCCCUCUCUCCAAGUCUUUUUGUUUCCGCGUGAAGUUGAACGGAGGGGAAAGCACAAUGAGAGGGAAAUACUUUCUCCUCGGCUUCUUGUUGCUCAAAGUUAUGGCUCUUGUGUGCAAGGCUGACGGGGAGCCAGGACUGCUCGGAGGAUUCGUAAUGAUCGCCACCUCCAACGGCUCCAGGGAGGAGGAGAGCGUGUCCGAGGAGACCCCGCACACGGAGGACAAAUGUCGGGGCUACUACGACGUGAUGGGCCAGUGGGACCCGCCGUUCAUCUGCAAGACUGGUAAUUAUCUGUACUGCUGCGGCACCUGUGGCUUCCGCUUCUGCUGCUCUUACAAGCACUCGCGGUUGGAUCAGAGCACCUGUAAAAAUUAUGACACUCCGGUGUGGAUGAAGACCGGACAGACUCCCUACAAGAAAAUGAACAAGAUGCACGACAGCACCAAAGACAAGACGAACUUAAUUGUUUACAUCAUAUGUGGAGUAGUGGCCAUUAUGGCUCUUGUGGGAAUUUUCACCAAAUUGGGUCUGGAAAAGGCGCACCGGCCGCAGAGAGAGAACAUGUCCAGGGCCGUCGCCAGUGUGCUGCAGGGCGGGUGUCCAGGUGAGCAGUAUCGGGGGGAGGAGGCCCUUGGGAUGCAUUCGCAGCACUAUGUUUCCAGGGCCACAAACCUCCAGGGUGGUCAGAUCAACAACAACGUGGGACCGGGUUCGAACAUGGGCCAGCAGCACCCUUACCCUGCCCUCAGCCAGCUGGCUCAUGUGUAUGAACAGCAGCAACAACAGCAGCAACAGCAGCAGCAGCAGCAGCAAAACAAGGAUCUCAACAAAUACGCCUCCCUGAAGGCUGUGGCUGCCAAGUACAACGGUGAAAUCUACAACAAGCGUCGACUGAUGGUGGAGCUGCCAACGAAGGGUGGCCUCCCUCUCCAACCCAUGGGGAACUCCAGACCCUCCAUGGGCAACAUGUCGUCGAUGAAUCCCGCGAUGACCACCAACCCUAUGGCUUCUAACCCCAUGACCUCCAACCCUAUGAACCAAACCAUCACCCAGAUGACCUCCAUGACGCAAAUGACGUCUAUGACACCCAUGACUUCUAUGACACCCAUGACCUCCCUUACCCCGAUGACCUCCAUGACUCCUAUGACCUCCUUGGGUCCACUGACUCCAGAGCCAGUGGCCACUUACGUCACAGAGAUGCCCAGCAUCUCCUCCAUCUCAACCCUCCCGACAGAACGGCACGGAGGUGGUGGAGGAGGGGGACUGAAGCUGAAUGGCCAGAAACCCAAAGGCAGCCAUGCCCAUGCUGCCCACGCUGCCCACAGCUCUCACAGUGCUCACACUCACACUCACACUCACAGUCAUGCUCACAGCCACAGUAGCAAGCCGCCAGGACUGGGGGCUACCUCCCUGGCACACAUGGCGGGGACCAUGCCAGGUGGCAUGUCCCUGGGCAUCUCCAGGGCCGCCGAGAGUGUCAUUGGCUCCAGCUCGGCUACAAUGGGCCGCCCAUUGGCCUACAGUUCCAACACCAUUGCGACUGGGCAUGCGAUGGGGUUGGGCCUGAAGGGUUGGGAUGGGACUGAGACGGUGGGCCGGAGGAAGACCUACGGGCACAAGAGGCCUCAGUGUACCGUGCUGGAGCCGAACCAGCUCCACAGCACCAGAGGCCAGAGCCACAGCCAACACUUCCUCCCCACACAGCCCUACUUUGUGACCAACAGCAAGACAGAGGUGACUGUGUGAGAGAGGAUAUGAGGGAGACAAAGAGGGGGAAAGGAUGCAUGUUGAGUGGUGGCAUAAGUAAUCUCUAAGUGGAGACACCAACUCCAGGGUUGGUCAAAGGUGCAGAUCUAUGUGUGUGUUUGUGUGAAGAAGUUGAGGCUUGUUGGUACUGGUGAAUGAUUGUCACAACUUUGUGGUGGGACAGUGACACUGUGUCUGAGUGGUCCUCGUUUCACAAACGGAGAGUUCACCAAUCAAAUCACCGAACAGACCUUUGUUGUCAAGAGGAUGGCGGCCAAGUUGGUGGUGUCUGUAACCAUAACAACAAAGAGCCUACAGAGCAGGGAUGUCUGUACACUUGUGGUAAUAUCAGAGUGUUGUCUCACAGCUAAUAUCUACUCUGUAAUGAUAACAAUGUCUGAGCAUAACAGCGCAACUACACACAGCUGUUAAAAAUGGGAAACUGCUGAUAAUAAAAUGGAUGGGCUUUUACGAACCAAACCUGAGAAGCAACAGAAGAGAUCAAGUGUAAAGCACCAAAGCAUCGUGAUAAAGGAGGAAUAAAGCAAGUUUACCCACAAACCUCGCAACAAGAGUUCUGCUCAUCUGCCCAACAAAGCAUUGAAUGGUUUGGAAGAAAUAACAUUUCCUUAUGAUUCUCCCCAAAUCUCCUGAGGGCUUUGAAACAGACACAUGAUGAGGGCACUGGGCUUUAGACUGCAGACAUGCAGGGUUUUGUACUGUGGCCAUUCAGAAACGCCUCGUAGGCUCUGCAGCUGAAGGUCGCCCUUUUCCACAAGGCUCCAGCACAGAGAAUGGAAGCUGUCGCACUGGCAUUGUGCUGUUCUGAUCUCGUCUGCGUGGUGACAGCUGGCCCAGAGGAGGGAUAAGGAGGCAGGGAGGCAGCAUCUGGAUGAUGCUGCAGCUAGCAGAGGCUUCUUGGAGCAUCAUUCUUGUACACAAAUGCACACAUUCAGAAACAUGCACAUGCAUUUUUACAUUUUCACAAACAUACAAAAACAUAUACUGUAGAAAUACCACACACCAGGGCUUGGCCGAUAUGAGUUUAUGAAGAAUGAUACCAAUAACUUUAGAAUUAAGUUGCUAAUAUUUUGUGUGAUUUGUGCAUAUCUGUUAUCUCUAAAUUUGACUGUCUGGAUUCCCAAAACUUAAAAAUGAUAUUCCUGUCAGUGAAUUUAGACCAUGACAGUGCUCUAAACCAAUUAAAACCAGAAAAAUGUAACUUUUAGAAAUGGCAGCUAAGUAAGGAUGACCCACCUUAUCUAUUCAGUGACAGGGCACAGUCUGGGAUAAUUUACUGCCUUUUAAUUCCAAAACUAUUAAGAAAAAGAUUGCAAAUAAAAAGAAAAUAAAACUGUUUUUAUGUACUGUAGGAGUGGCCGGGGAUGGCCUUCAUAAUACUGGAAUGGGACAAAAAAACUUAUUUAAUUAAAGAUAUGUUAUAUGUAUUUUAGGCUAACGUGGAUAGCACUCAUAGAGUGGGUUAACUAAGUAAUUGAACAUAUUUCAUUAGGUAAAGCAAAUAUAGGCUUUGGCUGCUCAACAUUUUAUUUCUGCGCAGAUUUGCAUAGGGUGUUCUACUUCUCUAGUUUUAGAAAAAAGUGAGAAAAUACUGUGAAAAGUGGAGUGAGCUGGAAUAAAAAUACCACUAUUCUUUUAGUGGUGAUGGAAGACACUGCUACGAGAAACUAGGCUUGAUUAGAUCGCUCACUGUACUCGAGCUCUAGCUGAAAAAAACAUCACAACCAGCGGGGAAAAAACGACUAUCUGGGUUGCAUGACUCAAACAUAAAAAUAAAUCCUUAAGUCUGACAAAUAGGCCAAAUCUUCUAAGGGCUUCUCCAAACCCGAUUGCUUGUUUUGUAAUGAUGUGAGACUUAUUAGCAACUGCUGCCACUGUUAUCAUUUUGACCUUGUAAUCUAAAGUGCUGCUUCCACCUCCAAGACCCUCUUUACAUUUGUGAUUAAGAUGCAUUUUCAGUGAUCAGAUUGUAAUCAGACAGUGCAUUAAAAUAAAAAUGUCA